GCGAACCCCGCGCCGAGUUGGGUGCGGGCCCUUUCGCCUGGGUGGCCAAGGGAAAGGUGGUUUGGAUACUUGAGACAUGGGAGUGUUGGUGUUUGUCUGCAGCAACCUCAUCAGCCCCUAAACCUUGCAUUUUCCCUUCUGGCCUUGUAAGCUCUUCCAGGCCGCUUCCUGCGGUGGGGACACCUUCCUGGGCCCUGGACUUGGCCGACCAUGGGGAGCACCCUGGGCUGCCACCGCUCCAUCCCCAGGGACCCUUCCGACCUGUCCCAUAGCCGCAAGUUCAGCGCAGCCUGCAACUUCAGCAACAUCCUGGUGAACCAGGAGCGGCUCAACAUCAACACAGCAACAGAGGAGGAGCUGAUGACCCUGCCUGGGGUGACCCGGGCGGUGGCCCACAGCAUUGUGGAGUACAGAGAGUACAUCGGGGGCUUCAAGAAGGUAGAGGACCUGGCACUGGUCAGCGGCGUGGGUGCCACCAAGCUGGAGCAGGUCAAGUUUGAGAUCUGUGUGAGCAGUAAGGGCAGUUCUGCACAGCACUCUCCCAGCUCCCUGCGGCGGGACCUGCUGGCUGAGCAGCAGCCUCACCACCUGGUCACCUCCGUGCCCCUCACGCCCCGUGUCAACAUCAACACGGCCACCCCUGCCCAGCUCAUGAGUGUGCGAGGCCUCACGGAGAAGAUGGCCCUCAGCAUUGUGGAUUACCGCCGGGAGCACGGUCCCUUCCGCAGCAUAGAGGACCUGGUGAGGAUGGAUGGCAUCAACGCCACCUUUCUGGACAGGAUACGGCACCAGGUGUUUGCUGAGAGGUCCAGACCCCCAUCCACCCACACCAAUGGGGGCCUGACCUUCACCGUCAGGCCUCACCCCAGCCCCACCUCUCUGAGCCUGCAGAGCGAGGACUUGGACCUGCCACCGGGGGGACCCACCCAGAUCAUCUCCACGAGGCCCUCGGUGGAGGCCUUUGGUGGCACGAGGGAUGGGCAACCAGUGCUGAGGCUGGCCACCUGGAACUUGCAGGGCUGCUCCGUGGAGAAGGCCAACAAUCCUGGUGUGCGAGAGGUGGUUUGCAUGACGCUCUUAGAAAACAGCAUCAAGCUCCUAGCUGUGCAAGAGCUACUUGACAAAGAGGCCCUGGAAAAGUUCUGUGCGGAGCUGAACCAGCCGGUCCUGCCCAACAUCCGCAAGUGGAGGGGUCCCCGGGGAUGCUGGCGGUCUCUGGUCGCAGAGAAGCCCUCGAGUCAGCUCCAGAAGGGCGCUAGGUACUCGGGAUUCCUGUGGGACACAGCAGCUGGUGUGGAGCUGCGAGAUGCUGCCUGGCAGGAGAGCUCGCCCAGCAAUGGACACGGGAGGCCUCUGGCACCCAGCCCGCACCUCGCCAAGUUCAAGGUGGGAAGUAACGAAGUGACCCUCGUGAACCUUCACCUGGCCACCCUGAGCCUCCUAGCCACAGAGAACCCCAGCAGGAAUUCCAGUGAUGGCCACCGACUGGCGAGCUUGGCACAGACGCUGCAGGGAACCCUGAAAGGAGAAAAAGAUGUCAUCAUAUUAGGGGAUUUUGGGCAGGGGCCAGAUAGCAGUGACUACGAUAUCCUGAGGAGAGAGAAAUUCCACCACCUCAUCCCGGUGCACAUCUUCACCAACAUCAGCACCAAAAACCCCCAAGGCUCCAAGUCCCUGGACAACAUCUGGAUCAGCAAAAGCCUGAAGAAGAUGUUCACAGGUCACUGGGCCGUGGUGAGAGAAGGACUCACGAACCCGUGGAUCCCGGAUAACUGGUCCUGGGGUGGAGUGGCUUCCGAGCACUGCCCUGUGCUGGCCGAGUUUUACAUAGAGAGGGACUGGGGCAAGAAGGACGGGCCUCGAGACCGCAGCGAGGUCACCCUGGAGCGCAGCGAAGCCAACAUCAAGCAGGAGCGGUGAUAAGAGACAAGGGGAUUUCUCCCCUGGGACCUGGGAGGGCACAGCAGGGGGCGGGCCCUUCUCACCUCCUCCAGGGACAUCACCACCCCUGGGGGACAGUGACACUGGAGGAGCUCUUCAGAGUGGGCAUGGCGGUCACAUCGGAAGUCCGGGAGAAUGCGCCGCCCCAGGCUCAGCAGAAGGAGUCCGGUCCUCACCAGGCUGGUGGCAGCGUGGGGUGGGGGGCAGAUGGACGGCGCUGAGGCAGAGAGGAGGGAGGAGAGACAGCCUCCCGACCACCAGCUCCAGGCAUUUCCAGCUCACUGGCUGCAGAUAGAAGAAAGCUUUUAACUGAUUCUCAAGGAUUUUGACUGGUGAUUUUUAGUUUUGUUUUGAAAAAAAAAAAAAUAAACAGAUAAACCUGCCUGGCUGCAGUGAGCUUGAGACGCUUUCCUCGAGGCUGCGCAUGCGUGCCCGGGUCCUUGUUCCCACCUGCCCGUCCCAUCCCGGCUGCAGCCCCGCAGAGUCACCUGGCAUCUCUGCAAACCCUUCUGCCACCCCCUGUCCCCUGACUCCCUUGCUAGACUCUGUCUUUGCAGCAACAUUUCCGCUUCUGGGCACUUCCUGGAGCCCAAGAAUUCCAUCACAAGGACAUCUUGUCCUCCUGCUUGCCAUCAAAUUCCUCGCCCAGAGGCUCCCUGUGUUGCUCUGAAUGGUACACAGCUGUCCAUAGCCAUAGGAAUUUAUAGCUGCCUUCCACAUCCAUGGACUCAGCCAGCCUCAGAUAAAAAAAAAAAUCUUUUUUUAAAUUGCAUAUGUGCUAAACAUACGUGCUUUUUCCCCCUUGUUAUUAUCCCCUAAACAAUAUAGUAUAACCACUAUUUAUGAAGCAUUUACGCUGUACUAGGUGUCGUAAGUCAUCUAGAGAUUGUCUGACUUUAUGGGACGCUGGGCCUGCUUGUGGAUGCCCAUAGUCCCAGCUCCUCAGGAGGCUGAGGUGGGAGGAUUAUAUGAGUCCAGGAAUUCAAGACAAGCCUGGACAACACAGUGAGCCCUGUCCCAAAUAAAAACGCAUACGGCAGGAUGUAUACAUGUUACAGGCCAAUGCCAUGCCAUUUAAGGUAAGGGCUACGACUGCGUGGAUUUUCGUGUCUCCUGGGGGGCCCUGCAACCCUCUCUUUGUUGAGAAUGAAGGGUAGCUGUGUGCUGCUGACUCAGUGCACAGGAAACUCAGCCUGAGUGUUCAAGGAGGGAGGGUCCUGCUGUGUGGUUGGGCUUGGCCUUUCGCUUAGGCUCAUCGUGACACUGUCCCAUGAGACCAGGUUGAUAAAGCCCCCUUCACACCUCCUGAAGGUCCCUGAGCCAGUAAGGCAAUGGAUGGGAACUCUGGCGGUCAGGGUAGAGGGUCAGCUUGAUUGGCCUGGGGCCCGCUGGGGGGAUUGGUGGAGCACACUUCUGCGUGUGUCUGGGUGGGUCUGUGUCUGGUCCCUGGCCCUUUCCUCUGCUGCUGCUCCCUUGCUCUGCUUGCUGGCAGCCAUGAACUAGGCAGCUUCCCUCUUCCAGGCCCUUCCGCCAUGAUGUUCCUGCCUAGGAGCCAGCCGACCAUGGACUGAAUCCCCCAAACUGUAA